UUUUCUCCCAUGGUAUUUUAUUGUUUUGAUUAUUUAAUUUUGCAUUUUGGGCUGGUCAAGAAUAUCUCCAUUUUCAAUGUACUCUGGUUUCCUAUUUUUACAUUGUUCCUGUUUCUCGACGUAGUCCCUACAUGUUAUCAUUGGCUUAUAAUUUAUACAUAUUUCCCCUUUGUGAUAUUUUGUUUUUUCCAUCAGACAGUAUUUGAGAUGCCUGGGAAUGAGCCCACAGGGACCGAGAGUUUCAGUGGGAGGACAUCUAGUGAUUCCUGGAGCAGCUGCAGCAUCCAGGACACAUGGAACGACAGUGGAGGUUCCACUAGUAGUGAUUCAAUGCCUGCACAUAUUGAAGAGGAGUUACCACCUCCCAGCCCUCAGCCGAGUAACCCUGAGGACCGAGAGUUGUACUCCCAAUAUAAUGUUGUAAGAACUAUAGGACAUGGGACUCACGCCAAAGUUCUCCUGGCCCAGCACCGGCUCACAGGCACACCUGUGGCCAUCAAAGUUCUUGCAAAGAACAAGCCCUGGUUUCAGCCAGCCAUGGAGGAGACCAAUAUAAUGAAAAAGAUCAAACACCCCAAUAUUGUCUCACUUCUCCAAGUGAUUGAGACUAAAAAAAGGGGAUACCUCAUCAUGGAACUGGUUGAAGGCCAAGAACUUUAUGAAUACAUAAAAAAUUCUGGCCACAUAGAGGAGGAUGAAGCCCGACAAAUAUUUUUACAAAUACUGUCGGCAGUGAGCUACUGCCACAGACAUGGGAUAGUGCAUAGGGACUUAAAACCUGAUAAUAUCAUGAUUGAUAACAAGGGGAGCAUCAAAAUAAUCGACUUUGGGCUUAGUACCCAAGUCAAACCCGGAGAUUUGUUGGACGAGCCCUGUGGUGCUUACGCUUUUGGUGCUCCUGAGUUAUUCCUCUGGGAAAGAUAUGAUGGCACAAAAAGUGACCUAUGGGCUUUAGGAGUGAUAUUAUAUUACAUGGUUGUUGGAAAGGUCCCAUUCGACUCAGUCACCAUACCUGAGCUGCAAAGGCAGAUACUGGCAGGUGUAUACCCCGCCCCCUGUGGGGUGUCCGACGAGCUGGAAGACCUGUUGAGCCUCCUAAUGACAGUAAACCCCAAAUAUAGGCCGACAGUCACAGAAGUAAUGAAGCAUCCCUGGAUAAAAGGCUACUGGAAAGGAUUAAAAAAUAUUCACGAGGAACCGUUCCCUGUCAGACCAGAUCCUGACAUUGUAGAUGCGAUGCAGUAUAUUGGGUUCCAACCAAAAGAUAUUAGAGAAUCACUCACUAAAGAAAAAUUUAAUGAAAUGUCGGCUGCAUAUUAUUUACUAGAAGAGCAGGCUCUCCAGAGGGAAGUCCGCUCAACCCAGGCUCCAACAGUGAGUCAAGUUAAGGCCCCAUUCCCUUCCAUGGAUGCUGGUGCUACUUCAUGUUUAAAAAUUAAGAGGAGUGGAAGUGCUCCCAUCCUUGGCAGAUCGGUCUGGCCACCCUCCAUUGGUCAAGUGCCAGCCUAUGGCCAGAAGGUUAGGCAAAGAGCAGGCAGAAGAUCCACUGGGCAUGGCCUUGUCUUCCGGCCAAACCAGAUGACACCCACACAGGACCAACACCACAUACGUGCCAUGAGUUUCCCCUGCAUGCUUUCAACAAGCAGCAUAAGUGAAGAGAGCGUCAGUGAGAAGAGAGAAGAGAAUCUCUCCCACAGUGCCCUAGCAGAGGCUAAGCCCAUCUGCAGCAGGGGCUGGCGCAGAGGCAUCAUGCGAUGGACAAGGAGGGUGGGUAAUGCCAUCAGGACGCUGUGUUGCUGCAUUCCAUCAAGAAAAACACCUCGGCUGGGGCAGAGGAGAGUCUCUCCCCAGAAAUGAGGCACAGAGAGAAAUUCCAGAGACACAGCAGCAGGCAGGGCCCAGUGUCAUCUGGGAACUUUUUCACAUCGUGAGUAUAAAGAGGAGGCUAUUUGAAACACCCUAGAAAAAGACAGUUGUAGAAGCUAUAGCAGCAGAGGCAGCGGCAGCGGCAGCAGCAAACCCCCUGGCUUCCCUGUCUAUGGCUGCUACCAGACACCUCAGGACCUAUGAAACUUGAGUUCCCACCAACAUAGGGCACCAGAGAGACUACACUAGAGGCCCUGUGAAACCUAGGUUGGGGAGGCAGAGGACAACCACAUAGGUGACCAGUAUGUCUGCCUAGUCAUCCAGACAGCUCAUGACUACCUCGCACAGUGACAUCUGAGGCUGCACACUGGUGGAGCUGCUGGUUUUCAAGAAGUUAACUCCUCUCCAUGGAAUGAAGUUCCUAAGCUUCCUCUCCCUGUACUAGCCAGGUGAAGACCCACUCCUGCAGGACAUUGUGGUGUAGCAAAGAUCUGUACAGCCAUCCCGUCUAUGCCAGCCAGCCCUGAAGGUGGCUUGCUAGCAUUCUAGCACCACCAGUCUUUGUCCAUGUCUGGCAAGGCAGUUCUUUCCCCUCAAACCAUCUUCCCACCAUAUCAUUCUGUUUUGUCUGCCCACUGAUAGGAGAUGGGGAACCAGCUCUGACACUAGUUUGGCAUGGGGAAGGUCCAAUUCUUCCUGUCCCUGGCUCUCAGCUCCUGGGAUUCUCAGGAGCAAAAGUAUCUGAGAGAAACAAGAGUCAAUGUUAGCCCUGAA